UUAAAAACUACAUUUCCCAGUGUCCCAUUGGUUUUGUGGUGUUAUUGGCGGGUUUAGUUAAAAAAAAUACUGUAUAUAUAUAUAUGUAUAUGGCUGAAACUUCAACUGCAGGGCAAGAUUUAAGAGAGCAAAACAAAAUGACAGACCAGGACCUCGGCGUGACACUGAAAGACAGCUGUCAAGAUUUUCAGGAUGAAGUCAUACCUCUGAAGGUUUCCACAGAACAGAAGUCUAUGGCAGAGUGUGAGCCAGGGGCUUUGGAAGGCACUGAGCCUGAACCAGAGGAGGAGGAGAAGGAGGAGGAGAAGGGGGGAGAGCAGGCAAUGCAGACGAGGCGCGUCUCCAGAAACAAAGGGCCCAUCUCCCUGAGCCCUGCCCCAACGAAGCGUCGCUCCUCUGCGAGCCCCAGCCCCGGGGGGAUACGCCGCAAGACCCCCCGCACCUCCCCCUCCCCCAAGUGCCUGUCCAGGAAAGCCAGCCCCCGAGGAGCCAGUCCCUGGGGGAAAAGCCCCAGCCAGGGGCGGGCUGGCUGGAAGAGUCCCAAGCAGAGGGCAGGGCUGAGCCCUCGCAGCAGGAGAAAGUCCUGGAGGAGAUCCAUCAGCAAGGCAGGGGCCAGGGGGAGGAGGUCACUCCCAGCACUGCCCAAGGACUCUGCAGGGCUCAGUCAGGCUAUCAGCAUAGAAAUGCCCGAGCAUAAGAGGCUGGCCAAACUGUUUCAGGAGUCUGUCCAGUUUGCAAUACAGAAGCUUGAAACUUCUUUAAAACCCACAGAAGAGGUUGAUCUGCAGGAGUUUAAAGCUGACAUCACAAAUGAGGUGAACCUGCUUACUGAGAGCUUGGAGCGCGAAGGAGCCUUUCAGAAAUGCACCGACAAACCCCAAGAUGUUCCUCCAGACCCAGAGAUGAAGAAAGCCAUGGACGAGGUGAGAGAGUCUGUGGAGAGGCUCACUGGGGAGUACAAAGCCUGGGAUGAUCUUCUUCACAAACACAAAAGUGGCGCUGAGGAAAUUCUCCGCUCCCUGGAGCAGGCGAAGGUGUCUGGUGUACCCCUGCCCCCGGAGCAGGAUCUGGGCUCACUAGACCCGUCUGUGGCUGCCGUGCUCCGCAGCAAACCGGACUAUCAACGCAUCCUGCGUGGCCAGAUACCCGUCGUCAGCAGACUGGAUCUGGUGAUGGAUUCUCACCAGAAGCUGCUUCGCUCGCUGAGAUCUUUUCAGGACGAGGCUGAGAGGACCCUAAAAGAAACAUCCUCAAGACUCGCUGCCAGUGCUUUCGAAGGCCUGGAGGGAUCUCCGGUCAAGAAGCUUCUCCAUCUCCCCAAGAGCUGCUAGACUUUCACUGGCCAGGGUCCUAAAAGAGGGCUGCGCAGACCCCUUCCACUGCGUUUCCACUGGCCAGGGUCCUGAAAGAGGGCUGCCCAGACCCCUUCCACGGCGUUUCCACUGGCCAGGGUCCUGAAAGAGGGCUGCCCAGACCCCUUCCAUGGCGUUUCAACUGGCCAAGGUCCUGAAAGAGGGCUGCGCAGACCCCUUCCACUGCGUUUCCACUGGCCAGGGUCCUGAAAGGGGGCUGCGCAGACCCCUUCCACUGCGUUUUCACUGGCCAGGGUCCUGAAAGGGGGCUGCGCAGACCCCUUCCACUGCGUUUCCACUGGCCAGGGUCCUGAAAGAGGGCUGCGCAGACCCCUUCCAAUGCAUUUCCACUGGCCAGGGUCCUGAAAGAGGGCUGUGCAGACCCCUUCCACUGGCCAGGGCUCAGAAGUGUUCUUAUUGAGCACACAAUAGAAGCCUGUCCUAUAAAAACACGAUGGAGAGGGCCCAGUUAUCAAAGGACUGCAAAGUGAAUUACUUUGUGUCAAAAUGUGGGGGGUUGGGUGGGGGGAUUUCAUCUUGGAUUUUAUUUCUAUUUUUAAAAGUAACAGAUAAAAGCUUACGAUAACUGUGCAUGUAUUUAAUGGUAAAGCAAACAAAACUACCGCUAAUCUUUACCCCAGUUGUUUAUUUUUUUUCCUUACUUUUCAAAAGCAUUUAGACUAAAGGAAACUUCAAUGGCAGACGUUUCCACUAGCUUUUUUCAAAGUCUUUUUCUUAAGAUAGUUACUCUAAAAUGCAAGUCAAGGGUCAGUUGCUGCUUUAGAAAUGCUAAAAGAAACCUAAUAAAUGUCAAAGAAGUCUUUCUCAUCUUAGUUUAUAACAUUUAUUUUACUGCAGAUUGUAUCGCUUGCAUUUUGGCAUAGUUAGUGGCUGGUGAUGGUUUGGAAAUCGCAGUGCUCUUUUAAACACUGUUUGUAGAACGAGGUCUCAGACAGUGGAAAUUCACACGCUGUACAUACAGCCCACUCAUGCUUUGACGCAAGAGUCUGGUAGAAAUGUGACCUGGGUAAAGAUGCAGUUCCGCUGCGGAACCACUGGACGGCGCCCUUGUUCUGUGGAUAUGAUUCUGAACUCUUGCUGAAACAUGUUCUGCUCCAGUGGUGUGUUUGUGAUCCCGGUAUUUCUGGAGUGUAGCAAUCAGGACGCUGCUCAGUAUGAAGCCUGUGAGUCAUUUCGCUAAAAGCCCAGGGAUUUCUUUUUUGCUAAGUUUUGCCAAGUCCCUGUCUACACUGUAGGGGGUGUGAAUAGUUAAUUUUAGAGUUUAAACGUUAUCCAAAUAUUUUUGAAUUUUUGUCUAAGCAUUGUCAGCUGGGAUGUAUUUUUUCAAUGUAAAAAAAUGUUUAUUUCACAGCACACCACGGUCUAAAAAUAAAUAUUUAAAUACUUUCCUGAAAAACAGCUAAAUUGCUGAAUAUUUGAUUUAUUAUGGCCACCUUUUUAAAGACAUUCUAUUUUCACCAUCAGUGAAUUAUCAAACUAAAAACAAAAGCAUAUUGACACUGUUCUUUCAGAAAUGGGAAUUUUCACUGGGGAACUCCAUAUUACAUGAUGAGUGAUGUGCAUGUGAAAUACAGCAGGAACGAUGCAGAGCGCGGUUAUUUAGUUACCAGUAAAUGCCAGCAUUUCUUCAUAGUUGGUUCCAUGUAUACCUUGGUGUACACUUGUACACAUUAAUAUUGUAGUCCUGUAUUUAAAACUCUCCUCCAGCUUCUUGUUGGAGGUUAUCUUGAGUGGUUACCAGCAUUCCCAAUAAGUUAAGUGUUUAAAUGUGUUUAAUCUUUUCAGGGAUGGAAAUCAGACUCCCGUUGCAUAGCAGUUUGAUCCAUUUCUUAUUUUACUAUAAGUUUAAUAAUAAGACACACCUGAGCGUGUUACCUAUACACUGUGGCUAAUCAAGUUUGUAGUAAAACCUGGAAUGGGUGAAACUGCUGUGCAUUAGGAGUCUUAUUUCCAUCCCUGUGUUUAGUUUUAGAAUUUUUGUUCCUGAAGGUGACUAAGAAAUGUUCCAUUUUUGUUUUUGUCUUGGUUCUCUGCCAGAAGUUAAAUGUGGCUUGUGUCUUGGAAUGUAACAAUGGCAUGUAUGUAUUUGUAUGCCUAAGCUAUUUAACGUUGUAAGCUUUUUUAACUUGUACUUUCCUAAUAAAAUAAUGUUUUGCUCAUUUGA